AUGAGCCCUCCAGACAUGUCCAACAGCAGCGGAGAGGGAGACUCCGCUGACCCAGAGCGGUGGCUCCUCCUCAAUGACAGCCAGCAUCUGCACGGGUUUCACAGCGACGUCACCAAGCACGUUGGGGUGCAGGUCACUCUGAUCACCGCCUACUCCCUCAUCAUCCUCCUGGGCCUGACAGGAAACUCUCUGGUCCUCUACAUGAUCGUGCGCUACAGAACCAUGAGGACCGUCACCAACUUCUUCAUCGCGAACCUGGCGCUGGCUGACCUGCUGGUGGACACGCUCUGCCUUCCCUUCACGCUCAUCUACACGCUGCUGGACGAGUGGAAGUUUGGCGCGCUGCUGUGCCACAUGGUGCCGUUCGCCCAGGCGCUGAGCGUGCACGUGUCCGUCCUGACUCUGACCGUCAUCGCGCUGGACAGAUACCGCUGCAUCGUCUUCCACCUGGGCCACCGCCUCAGCUGGCACGCCAGCUUCCUCAUCAUGGCGCUGACGUGGAGCUUGUCGGCAGUGCUCGCCGCUCCCUUGGCCAUCUUCAGAGAGUACCGCCAUGAGCAGUUCCCACCCAUCAACCUGGACAUUGCCGUCUGCUCAGAGAGGUGGCCCCACGGCACCAGCAGGGACGGGGUCAUCUACAGCCUGUCCAUGCUUCUCCUGCAGUACAUCAUCCCUUUAGCUGUCAUCAGCUACGCUUAUGUCUGCAUCUGGGUCAAACUCAAGAACCAUGUCAGCCCAUCCAACCGCAAUGACAACAUCACUCGCCGCAAAAACACCACCAAGAUGUUGGUCCUGAUGGUGGUGGUCUUUGCCUUCUGCUGGCUUCCGUUCCAUGUGUUCCAGCUCGCCAGUGACCUGGACUUGGUCCUCAUAUUUGAGGAGUACAAACUCAUGUACACGGUGUUUCACAUCGUGGCCAUGUGCUCCACCUUUACAAACCCUCUCCUGUAUGGAUGGAUGAAUAAGAACUACAGGAACGGCUUCCUCAUGGUGUUUCGCUGCGAGGAUAAACCGGACGCUUUUCACCCCGAGGGCUCCUUUCGGACUCGGUCCUUCAGAGGCAUGACUCUGAAUGGGCGCAACGGUGGACACCCACCGACGGCUGUGUGA